AUGAAAAGAAUUUGGAACGCUGUUGGUAAGACUGUUAGAGAUGGAAAUUUCCAGAAAAAAGCUGUGAACUAUGUAGAAAAAAUUGAGAAAGGAAGCACAAAGGUUCACGCCCCGAAGGUUCCCACCGAAGAAAAACGGUUCAAUGAAGCUCAGAAAGAUGAUGCUGUAAAGAAGGAUUUGGAGACAAGACAUGAAGGAUUGUUAGGAAAUAUGAACAAGUUCAAAAUAACAUCUGUUGAACCUCCAGAGCGUGAGGUUUCUGACAAAACUUUUCCAACUCGGGAGUCAGAAUGGUACCACAGGAAUGAUCCAGUUUGGGAGUUUGGAUUUUAUGAACCGGAGGCAGAUAAAAUACCUAAGAACAAAUUAACUUUUCGUGAAGCUCUUGAAAUUUUGGAAGCGAAAGGACAAUUGAAUGAUCCUGAACAAACACCUGCUGCUUCCAAACGAAGAGAAAUAGCUACAGCAGCCUUAGAGAACCAUGCAGGUUUCGCUCGUGUUGAUCAAGAACUUGUUGAUAAGAUGUACGAGUUCUUCCGCCCUUUUCAAAGAAAGGAUUUACAAAAAGUUGUUAACAAGCACGAUCUUGCUCAAUUGCAAGAAUAUCUUCAAGGGAGAACAGAUGAUAAACGUUUGGUAGAAGGCACCAGAGAUCAUGUUCGAGAGCUCUUCAAGAAAAAGCUCGUUAAGGAGGAGUAUGAUAGGCUUGAUGACGAAGAAAUCCGCAAGUUUCAAGAAGCAGUUCUGAAAAUUAGGGAAGGCCAACAUGAUCGCCUGGAAAAAAGACUCAAAGAUAUCAAAACAAUUGAAUCCAAAAUAGAAGAAAUGGAACGAAAGUCUUCAGAAGAAAAGAAGCCUCACGAAUGA